CCCGCCGCAUUGUCAACUUUUCGCGACAUCAUCACCAACAUCACCACGCAUAGCCAUGAUGUCCCAGACCGACGACAGCAAUGGUACCACGAGAGGUCUCAGAAGACAGCCAUCGUCACGCAGCAUAUUCUCUGUCCCGACUCCGAUAAAACAGUUGUUCGACCAAUUUCCACUCGUCACGUAUCCCGCCAACGAUUUCCCACAACGCGCUCCGCAGCAUCACAAUGCUCACGUGCUUUAUGUCUUCACCACGGAUGAAGGAGCAAUACGAGGAGCACCUUCGCACAACCCAGCGUGCUUGAAGUGGCAGGUAUACCUUAAGUUCUCCAAGAUACCUUUCCAAGUCGCAUCCGCAAACAACCAUGCUUCUCCCAGCGGCUCACUACCUUUCGUGAUUCCAUCAUCUUCGGAUCCCUAUAAACGACCCCAACCUGUCCCUUCCAGCAAGCUGCAACGAUGGGCCAUGAACAACAGUGAGAGGGCAAUAGAAGAGCCCGGAGACCCGCGAUACGAAGCAUAUCUAAGUUUACUAGACCAUCGUAUACGGAGAGCUUGGCUCUACACUAUCUAUCUCUCCCCGAACUUCACCACCAUCGCCGAACCCCUCUACAUCCUCCCGAGCUCCCGUAAUUCCUUUGUACGCCUCGCCAUAUCCCGCGAACUGCGUCUGGCAGCCGAGACCGAGCUCCUUAAGUUCUCAAGCAUCAUCAACGACGAGACACUUUAUAACCAGGCAGACGAAGCAUUUGCAACGCUCGAGGCUUUGCUAGGCAAAGACGACUGGUUCUUUGGUGCGCAGAGACCGGGCUUGUUCGAUGCUAGUGUCUUUGCGUACACGCAUCUGCUAUUGGAUCAGAGAUUGGGCAAGGAUUGGGUGGACACGCGUUUGCGUGACGCGCUAAUGGCGCGCAGACACCUAGUCACGCAUCGAAACCGCGUACUGGCUAGAUAUUUCGAAGAAGCAUCUUGAGUGAACGACAAUACCCGUGAGCUAUAAUCGAGUGUACGCAGUACGACUGUACCAUCUGAAUUCGUCUUGAGUACCACGAACGAUCAAUUAAGCGUCAACGAGACGCGUUGUUCAGCUCAGCUUGGAAGGAACAAAUUUAUGACGAAUUUAGUUUGGACGAAACGGACACCGCGGACAUUUUAGCGCGACCCGGAGCCUAAUACCUCGGGAUGCAGAUAUGACUCACGCUACGUGGAAGCUGUACGACAUAUCGCCUAAAUAGGCAAU